CGAAAAUGACUUCCAUUUGGCCUCGGAGGAAAAGCGUCGUCAGGUUGGGAUGGAGAACGACGCUGUAGCGCAGCGGGACGAUGGUGUCGGGCAGGCGGACGUCGUUCCACGGAAAGGGUUCGCCGCUGGUGGAAAUAGCCUCUGGUGGUGGGGUCACGACGACAUCCUCGUGAAAGUCGAGUCCUUCUUCGACGUGUCCACAAUGGCUGGGUCUUACGAAGGCAAUGAUGAGCGAACAGGUCAACAGCGUCGCUAGGAUGAGCCCAAUUAUGAAGACGGCCUGCUUCCUGGAACACGUCGCUACCGGCGGACAGAACGACAUGGCGUUUUGGAAAAAGUGGACGCAAGAAGUUUGGUUCGGUCCCAAGGAAAGCGAUGACGUCGUUGUCCAACAGCCAUCGCAGCCAAAGAAAAAGAAGAAAGCGAAGAAAACGAAAGUAGUCCAGCAAGAAGAUUACGGGGAAGCUGCCGACGAUGCACCGAUUCCAAAAACAACACCGACAGUCAGGGAUUAUUUGCUGCUGGAUAGCCGGAUCCGCAUUUUUUACGUGGUCGUAUUGUGCGUUCUGCUUGGCCUUAUCUUCCCGACAGCCAUCAGUUAUUACCUGGGCGAGUAUCAAGCCGACCUGGGUAAUUGCAACACACCAACGCAAAAUAGAUUCGAGUGCAUGUCGGGGUCGUCUGUUGCGCUGACGCAGUCCAGUUGCGAAGCUGCUGGAUGUUGCUGGGACUCGGGAUCUGGAACACCUAAAUGUUAUCACAACAAUCCCACCAGGUACACCUACAAGGUGGACGAUAUUGUGCAAGAGUCGGAUCACAAGAUCAUUGUCGACGUCAGUCCCGAACGUCGCCAGACGGACAUGUUCGGCAACACGAUGUCGGCCGCAAGGAUCAUCGUUAGGGCCGUCAACCGCGAUCAUCUCAUCGUUCAGAUGAUCAAACCCGGCCAAUACGAGGACACGUUCCGCUUGAUGACGCAAGACGAGCAGACGCCAUUCAGCCAAACGGAUUUCCAAGUCAGCGUUUCGAUGGAGAAGAGGAAAUCUUUUGCUGUCGUCGUCAGACGGGCCAGCACGGGUGACGUGCUAUUCGACACGUCUUACGGCCCGUUGGCCAUCACUGACGAGUACGUCGAAAUGUCCACCACCGUGCCCAGCGAGUACAUUUACGGGCUCGGUCAGGGCGAACGAAGACAAUCGUUCAAGCGCAAUUUCGUUAAUUACGGAAAAACGGCGUUGUACAAUCGACACGGAGCCGAUAGUUAUCAUCCGUUUUUUAUGGCCGCCAGCCCGGCCAGCGGCUUGUUUCACGGCGUGUUCUGGGAUAAUUCUUAUCCGCUGGAAGUGCAGUUUUCACCCGUUCCGGCUGUUUCGUUUAGAUCCAUGGGCGGUAGUGGAGUGUUUCACGUUUUGGCCGGACCGACUCCGUCGGCUCUUUCGCAUCAAUUCACGCGUGACAUUAUCGGACUGCCCAAUCCGUUGCCGCCAUUCUGGUCCUUGGGUUUCCACUUGUGUCGCGAGAACGACGAUCCGACAGCUGGACGAAAAACGCUGGAACAAAUGCUUGCGUCGGAUAUUAAUUUCGAUUCGGAUUGCAUCGAUUUGCGAUUAUCCGGACCUGGAAUGGGCGCCGUCGAUCAGCAGACCUUCCCCCAGGCUGCGGAUGAUCGCCAAUGGCUUCGAAAUGUAGGCAAGAAAUUUAUAUUAGCACAACCACCGCACGUGCUGGACAUUGACCAGUUCCCCGGCAAUUCCUGGAUCCUCCGCAAUCGAGCGGUCAACAGCUCGACGGACGAAGAUUACGAGACGGGACUUCGUUUCGAAACAGCCGUCCAUUACCCGAGUUAUCCUUUGGCCAGCGAUCUGUUGGACUUGUACGAUUCGAUGCUGCAGCCGGACGGAUUAAAUUUGAUCGACAAUUGGCCGUCCAACGAGAACAAAUCGAUGUGUAUGGAGACUGAUCGUCCGAGAGGUUUCACUCCGGAACGUGUCCGUUCCAGCAUGACCAACAACACGAUUUGCCUUGACGCUUUCCAUCCGAACCAACAACUGGAACACGUUGCUGUUCACAAUUAUUACGGCAUCCAGCACUUGAAAGCCUUGAUGGAUCAGGCGUACGGUUAUCCUUUUCUCUACUUGAACCGGGCAUCCGCUCUAGGUAAUCUUGGACGCGCUGGAUAUCCCGGCGAUGACUACACUGCUAACUGGGCUUCCAUGAAAAUGGCUCUUGUCCAGGUAAUGGAAAUGGGCCUGUUUGGAGUGUCGUUAUCCGGCUCGCCCAUCUGCGGAGUGUACAACAGUAGCGCCGUCAUCGACAACUUGGCGGAAGUUAAAGAGGAGCAGUUGUGCACACGUUGGUAUCAGAUGGGAUUGCUCUUACCAUUUGCCCAUUCAAUGACCAAGUUAAAUCACCGCGCUCGUUCACCAGUAGACUGGUCCGUGAACACGCAAAGGAUCUUGGCCGCUUACAUCCAGCACCGUUACAGACUACUGUCUUAUUAUUAUACUCUUUUAUACGAGGCCAGCGUGCAAGGAACGCCAGUAGUACGUCCGCUGUGGUACCAAUUCCCGCGUGAUAAUCAAACCUAUCUAUUGAGUGAGCAGUUUAUGAUCGGCGGGAGUCUUAUGGUUUGCCCCGUUAUGGUGCAAGACGAUACAGAAACCAGCAUCCCCAUCACGAUUUAUUUCCCGGCCGGCACUUGGUACGACUAUUACACUGGAGACUGGAUUCAUUCGGGUGAUGGAGAGAAAACGAUCGUCACAACCGGACUCAAUCAUCUCAACAUGUUUAUCCUGAACGGUUCCGUUUUCACGACGCAGGAGCCGGGAUCUUCUGCUGAACAGACGCGUUUGAAUCCUUACACGGUGACGGUUGCUUUCCCGAUCUCGUCCAAUGUUACAGGAUGGCUCUACGUCGACGAUGGAAAGGGGCUCGAAAAACCCGCUCACGAUUGGAUUCGAUUCAUUUUCACUAGCGAUACGUUCACGAUGGAGAGAGUUAAUUUUGAAUUUUCAGGUUCAAACGACAUUUCAACUCUCGUUAAUCGUGUACGCAUAUUGGGUUUGGAGUUAAAGCCUGAACAAGUCCCUCCCAAAGCCAGCUAUAACGCUUACACAAGAAUUCUUGAAUUCAAUGAGCUCAACUUUAAUUGGCAUGAUAGCGAUACCUAUAGUUUAACAUUUAUCAAUCCGUAAAUCUUAUAUAUUUUUUUUAAUAAUCUAUUCUUUGAU